AUGAAGGUUCCUAGGACGGCUGCUGCAGCAGCUUUGGAGCAGGUCUCCAAGUCGACUGAAGAAACUGGCCCAGCUGCUGAAGGGGAUAUGGAAAGCAAUAACGAAGCGGGAGAAACCAAAAACUCACAGACGAACCUGCUUUCUACAUUGUCCAGAGUUGCGGAUGAAGACAAAGUUGGCAAAGGAAAAGAAUGCGAUUCUGGUUCGGACAGCGACUCGGACACCGAUUCUGACGGAGAACACGACGACCUUUCCGAAAAGCUCUCGAAAAUCAUUGGCGAUACUUCUCAGGAAAAUCUGAUUCAAGGAAGGAAUACGGAGCCUGUCUUGAAAGGCGAAGAUGAGGUGAAUGAGGCCAACGCUGAAAAGUGCACGGAGAACUUGGAUGGAGAUGCCAUCGAAAAGACUGAAGAUGGCAAGACUGGCGGCGAGACCAACGUGAAGCAGAGUGGCAAACGAAAGAAGUUCUCCAUGGUGAUGAAACCUAAGGAGGCUGCACCGACGAAGGACACGAAGAAAGGAGGCGCAGCAAAGAUAUUGUCCACCAACAAACUGUCUUCGAGCUCUGACAAAGUUACGAAAGCUGCCACAGAAAAAGCUUCAGAUGCUGAAGGCAAGGAAAAGAAGGGAUCAUCAGCAGAGAAGGAGCACGUCGGAGAUGGGAAUAGGAACAUUACAAAAGAGUCGAAGCCAGCGAGAGCCCGUUCUGCUUUCAUCUUCUUCACGAUGGAGAACCGCGAGAAAGUGAAGGCGCAGAAUGGGAAGCUAAGCUUACCGGAGAUGCAAAAGAAACUGGCGGAGGCGUGGAAGGAACUCGGUGACGAACAGCGUCAGAGAUACGAAGGUAUGGCGGCUGCUGACAAGAUACGCGUAGAAGCUGAGAAAAAGGUGGGAAACAAUGACGGAGGGGAGAAAAAGGGGAAGUCUGCCACGGGCAAACAGGACAAAGGGACAAAGAAAGUGCGAGCCAAAACAUCUUAUAUGAUCUUCUGCUCGAAGAACAGAGAGAGAAUCCAAAAGGCCGCCUCCCCCGGAGCAACCUUUGGAGAGCUCACCAAGGCCCUGGCUGAGGAGUGGAAAUCGCUGUCCGACGGGGACAAGAAGGAGUACGAAGAACUCGCAGCCGAGGAUAGGAAGCGCGUUGCGGAGCUCGUCGAGGACAAUCCUGGCUCCGUAUCGACUCAUAAUUCCGAAAAGGUCAAAGACAAGGGGGAUAACAGGAAACAGAACCUUUUCAAGAAGACCGGCAAGAGUGAAGAAAAGGUGGUGAAGGCCAAAAAGGCAGCCGUCGCAGAGACGACGAAGGCCAAAAAGAAGGGACCCACGCGAACCAAGAAGAGCGCUGCUUCUGAAGAGCGGAAGUCAAGUACAGAGAGCACAAUCAGCGAUGAGAUGUUUAUGGGAGACGAGGAGAGCGAGAACGAGGACGCCGACCCUAUGGAGGAGGUUGCUUCUGAGGAGGACUUCGGAGAACUUCAGUUCAUCUUGGGGAAGACAAGGGACGGAAAGUACGUGACGAAGCGUAAAGGGAUGGACUACACGCAGGUGGAGUACGAGAACUUUCCUGCCAAAAAGGCCAAACUGAAUCCAGAGCAGGAGGCAGAGCUCGAGGAGAAGGUCAAGGAGUAUCACAAGGCAUCGGCGGCCUUCAAGAAGGAGGUGGACAGGAGGUUGGCUGAGGGAGAUGGUAACUUGGACCUGGAAGGCGUGCCAAAGGGCAGCAAGCUGGAGAUGCUUACGUUCCUCGGCAACAUAAGAGAAGACGUGUUUCCCGAAAAGACUCUACCCAAGCCCGACGUUUGGAUGAAGGUGCCGAUGCUCGGUACGUACCGGCUCCUACAGAAACUAGAAGGCUUGCCGUUUGAGUCCACCUUUUGA